ACGUCUUCCCCAGCUGAAGGAGUUUUUAAUUAUUUUUUUACCCCAGCUGAAGGAGUGCAGUCGGCACACUAGCACAACAUCAGCGAAUUGGUUGAAGACACGAACGUAUAGCUCGAAUUUGCAAACGUUGAUUCUGUUACUUGGUCAGGGAACUCUGGAAAAAAUAACGUCAAAUCAUGGCGUCAGUGAUCUUCAGAUUGGCGCUCUAAAACAGUGGUUCCCAACCAGGGUUACUUGGAUCCCUGGUGUUACUUGGCCUAUCCGCAGGGGUUAUUUGAGAUGAGAACAUAAGCCAACUGUUAAUCAUGGCACGCCAGCUACAUGCUCGCAGAAUCGAGGGAAUUGACAAAAAUAUAUGGGUUGAUUUUACGCAGCUGGCUGCUGACUACAAGGUGGUGAAUCUAGGCCAGGGCUUUCCUGACUUCUCCCCUCCAAGCUACAUCCAAGAGGCCCUCUGCAAAGCAGUCAACGGAGGAUGUUCAAUGCAUCAGUACACACAUGCUUUCGGCCAUCCCCCUCUUGUGUCGAUCCUGGCUAAGUUCUUUGGUAGAGUCGUGGGACAUGAGAUUGAUGCUUUCGAGGACAUCCUGGUCACUGUCGGAGCCUACCAGGCUCUCUUCUGCACCUUUCAAGCCCUGGUCGAUGAAGAAGAUGAGGUCAUCAUUAUUGAGCCUUUUUUCGACUGCUAUCAGCCAAUGGUGAAGAUGGCAGGAGGAAAAGGUGUCUAUGUGCCACUGAGGCCCAGAGUGGAGGGGGGCAAGGCCCUGACUAGUGCAGACUGGGUCCUAUCUUCUGAGGAGUUGGCCAGUAAAUUCAACCCACGCACCAAAGCCAUCGUCAUCAACACUCCCAACAAUCCAUUAGGCAAGGUGUAUAAGAGGGAGGAGCUCCAAGUGAUUGCUGACCUGUGUAUAAAGCACGAUGUGGUGUGUAUCAGUGACGAGGUGUACGAGUGGCUGACUUAUGACGGUGCCAAGCACGUGAAGAUAGCCAGUCUUCCUGGGAUGUGGGAGCGGACUGUCACGAUAGGAAGCGGAGGAAAGAGCUUCAGUGCUACAGGGUGGAAGGUUGGCUGGGCUAUUGGAGCAGGGCCCAUUGUAAAGCACCUGAAGACCGUCCAUCAGAACUCUGUGUACCACUGUGCCACGGCCGCUCAGGAGGCGGUGGCCCAAGGUUUCCAGAGAGAGUACGAGCUCUUUGGGACGCCAGAGAGUUACUUCCUGCAGCUGCCUGAGAUGCUGAAUCAAAAGAGGAAGAAGCUGGCGACCUGUCUGGAGAGUGUUGGCCUGCAGCCCAUUCUGCCCGAGGGAGGCUACUUCAUGAUAUCAGACAUCUCCUCUCUCAAGGUUGACUUGAAUGAUCCAAGCACUCAGGAUGAACCUCAUGACUACAGAUUUGUCAAGUGGCUCAUUAAAGAGAAGGGUUUGGCCACUAUCCCUGUCUCGGCUUUCUACAGCCCUGAGCACCGCAAGGACUUCCAAAACUACAUUCGGUUCUGCUUCGUCAAGGAGGACUCGACAUUGAACGCUGCUGAGGAUAUCCUCAGAAAGUGGAGUGACUUAAAAUGAAGAAGGCACACAGACAACCCUUCCUGUUUUACCUUUAUCCACCCUAGCUCAACUUAAGUCUGCUCCGUUGAACCGAGCCAUAUUCAACACCUCUGGAUUUGUUUACACUAUGUAGUACUGUAGGAAUAGACCUCUAGGAUGUUUUCCUUUGUCAACGUACACUGAGUGUCCUGAACAUCUUCCUAAUAUUGAGUCGCACACCUUUUUGCCCUCAGAACAGCCUCAAUUUGUUGUGGCAUGCUCUUAUCCAAAGCUUUCCACAGGGAUGCUGGCCCAUGUUGACUCCAAUGCUUCCCAAAGUUGUCGAUUUGGCUGGAUGGCCGUCAGGUGGUGGACCAUUCUUGAUACAUAUGGGAAACUGUUGAGCGUGAAAAACCUAGCAGCGUCGCAGUUCUUGACACAAACCGGUUCUCCUGGCACCUACUUUCCAUAACCCAUUGAGGCACUUAAACAUUUUGUCUUGCCUAUUAACCCUCUGAAUGGCACACAUACACAAUCCAUGUCUCAAUUGUCUCAAGGCUUAAUAAUCGUUCUUUAACCUUUCUCCUCCACUUCAUCUACACUGAUUUUUGAAGUGGAUGGCCCAUAGCUUUCACCUGGAUUCAGCUGGUCAGUCUGUCAUGGAAAGAGCAGAUGUUCCUAAUGUUUUGGACACUGUAUAUCUACAAUGUCAUGAAGGCAUAUGUCGGCGUAGUCAGUCACACUCCCAGUUCUGAUUGUUCUAGUUGGCUGUUUUUUUUUUUUGUGUGUUUUUUUCCAAAUCUGUCCUGAUACGGUAGUAAUCAACCACUUAGAGUAAUCAUCCGUCCUGCAUGUAUGUGAUCACCAUCCAGAGUGCACUAUAAUGUGAUCACAUUACUGUUGAUCUGAAUAUUUUUGUUUAACUGCUCUGAAUGACAUUAAUGCACAUUUAAAAAAUGAGACCAAGGGAAAGAUGUGCAUUGAAUUUGCUGUCUUUGGUAGACAUCACUGUAUUUGAUGCUGUAAGGUUCUAAUUCUGAGUCUCCCCUUAUCAAUGCCUGCCACAUGUAAUCGCUUCCCUGCACUCAACACAUUUCAAGCUUAGUUGCACAAAUUAUUUACCUUCCUCCUAUAACCAUUAACUUCUGGUGUAGACCCUCUAAACCUCAGCACUCUCUCAGUAACAUGAAGUAGAUUUCAUAUUCUCAGAACCCAACACUGUCCUUCAAUCUUUUAGUUAUUUUUUAUUUUUUUUGUAUUAUCAACUGGUGGUCUACUCCUCAGAGAAAUUGUCCCAAAGUGUGCUUAUUUGCAUAAAACUGUAUGCUGAUCUUGUAAAAAUAAAGAGUUUUGAAGGCUA